CUUCAAACUCUUCCAUUGGCCAAGAACAAGCUGCAGGGAGUAUUUAUAUCUCUGCAAUAAAUCAAUUUCUUACCUCCUUAAAACUGUAUCAGAAGUGGAUUUUGCUUCAAGAGGUCUGCAAACAGUAAAGAAUUAUGGACAGUGAUGAUUAUUUACUGCACUUUAAAGGCUACAAUUUUGAACGUUCUUUAGUUAGAAGUGACUUACUAGAAAAUCUAGAAGACUUUGAAAUUAGAGAUGAUGAUGUCUUCAUAAUUACCUACCCUAAAUCUGGCACCAUCUGGACUCAGCAGAUAUUAAGCUUAAUUUAUUUUGAGGAACAUCGUAAACAGACUCAAAAGAUGGACACAAUUGAGAGAGCCCCGUUCCUAGAAUACAACAUUCGAACUACAAACUACAUCAACAGACCAUCCCCUCGCCUUUUCUCUUCCCAUCUGCCGUAUUACUUAGUGCCAAACGGUCUCAAGAACAAAAAAGCUAAAAUUGUUUAUGUCUACAGAAACCCCAAAGAUGUUAUGACCUCAUUUUUCCAUUUUUCAAAUUUGGUGGUUAAAUUUGAAAGUGCUGAUAACAUGCAAAGUUACAUGAACACUUUCCUAGAUGGAAAAGUUGUAGGAAGCAUUUGGUUUGAUCAUGUCAAAGGCUGGUAUGACAACAGACAAAAAUUUAAUAUUCUGUUUAUGUCAUAUGAGGAGAUGAAGAAGGAUCUCAAAAGUGCUGUGCAAAAAAUCUGUAAGUUUCUUGGGAAAGAACUCAGUGAAGAUGACUUAGAUGCUGUUGUGAAACAAGCUACAUUUAAAAAUAUGAAAUCUGAUCCACGAGCAAAUUACAAUGAUGUACUAAAAUAUGAGCUUGGAACAAGAAAUGAUAAUGGGCAUUUUCUGCGCAAAGGUACCAUUGGUGACUGGAAGAAUCACUUUACUGUGGAGCAAAGUGAAAGAUUCGACAAAAUAUUCCAAAAGAAGAUGAAAGAUGUAAAUCUGAAGUUCAUUUGGGAUAUAAAUGAGGAGUAAAAUCAGUUCAAAAGAAACAAAGAAAUCUAUGAACAUAAAAUGCACUUGAGUAUACAUAUUAAUUUGUGCUCCUCAUUAAAUAUUAAUUAUAAAAUCUUAAUAAAAUUAGAAAUUUAUGCUUAAAUGCAUUGCUGUAAGCUUAAUGAACAGAAAAAUUUCAAAAAUAUAAAUUAUUUUGAAGUUACUGUGUAUUAUCACACAUUAUAAAGGGAAAAGUAGAACACUUCCAAAGAACUUAAAAGUGCCUUGAGUUUUCUGUAUUGUGCAUUUUAUGUUGCCUACUACUAAAUAUAAGAGAAAUCAAGAUUAAAAUCCUUUCCUUUUUCCA